CCCUCCCUCUCUCUCCACGUUCUGCUGCCACUCGCUCUCCCCUGGCCCCAUCCCCUCCCCUCCCGGCGGAAAGCCCCCCGAAACCAACAAAGCUGAGCCGAGGGAAACAAACAAAACAAACACACCGGGCCAGACAAGCAAUCGACAAAACUUUGCAAAAGCAGAAACAAAAAAGGAAAAACUAACCAACCUCAACCAACCAGCCCCCGAGACACCCGGGGCGCCCUCCCGCGCCCUCUCGCACCCUCGCGCACACAAAAGGCGGCGCCGGAGCCCGAGACCCGGGAGCCGCCGCCGCCCGCAGCCAGGGGAGCAGGAAGUCCGGACGCGGCCCCCAUAGAUAUGGCAAUGGUAGUCAGCACGUGGCGCGACCCCCAGGACGAGGUGCCCGGCUCGCAGGGCAGCCAGGCCUCGCAGGCGCCGCCCGUGCCCGGCCCGCCGCCCGGCGCCCCGCACACGCCACAGACGCCCGGCCAAGGGGGCCCGGCCAGCACGCCGGCCCAGACGGCGGCCGGCGGCCAGGGCGGCCCUGGCGGCCCGGGCGGCGACAAGCAGCAGCAGCAGCAGCACAUCGAGUGCGUGGUGUGCGGGGACAAGUCGAGCGGCAAGCACUACGGCCAGUUCACGUGCGAGGGCUGCAAGAGCUUCUUCAAGCGCAGUGUGCGGAGGAACCUGAGCUACACGUGCCGCGCCAACCGGAACUGUCCCAUCGACCAGCACCACCGCAACCAGUGCCAGUACUGCCGCCUCAAAAAGUGCCUCAAAGUGGGCAUGAGACGGGAAGCGGUGCAGAGGGGCAGGAUGCCGCCCACCCAGCCGACCCACGGGCAGUUUGCGCUGACCAACGGGGACCCCCUCAACUGCCACUCGUACCUGUCCGGAUAUAUUUCUCUGCUGCUGCGCGCCGAGCCCUAUCCCACGUCGCGCUUCGGCAGCCAGUGCAUGCAGCCCAACAACAUCAUGGGCAUCGAGAACAUUUGCGAACUGGCCGCGCGGAUGCUCUUCAGCGCCGUCGAGUGGGCCCGGAACAUCCCCUUCUUCCCUGACCUGCAGAUCACCGACCAGGUGGCCCUGCUUCGCCUCACCUGGAGCGAGCUGUUCGUGCUGAACGCGGCCCAGUGCUCCAUGCCCCUCCACGUCGCCCCGCUCCUGGCCGCCGCCGGCCUACAUGCCUCGCCCAUGUCCGCCGACCGGGUGGUCGCCUUUAUGGACCACAUACGGAUCUUCCAAGAGCAAGUGGAGAAGCUCAAAGCGCUGCACGUCGACUCCGCCGAGUACAGCUGCCUCAAGGCCAUAGUCCUGUUCACCUCAGAUGCCUGUGGUCUCUCUGAUGUAGCCCAUGUGGAAAGCUUGCAGGAAAAGUCCCAGUGUGCUUUGGAAGAAUACGUUAGGAGUCAGUACCCGAACCAACCAACGCGAUUCGGAAAGCUUUUGCUUCGCCUCCCUUCCCUCCGCACGGUCUCCUCCUCAGUCAUAGAGCAAUUGUUUUUCGUCCGUUUGGUAGGUAAAACCCCCAUCGAAACCCUCAUCCGGGAUAUGUUACUGUCCGGCAGCAGUUUUAACUGGCCGUAUAUGGCAAUUCAAUAAAUAAAUAAAUCAAAAUAAGAAAGGGGAGUGAAACAGAGAGAAAGAAAAGGCAAAAGACUGGUUUGUUUGCUUAAAUUCCUUCUGUUAAGAAAGGAUAUAAAAGGAUGUUACAAGUUUGCUAAAAGAAGAGAGGGGAAGAAUUUAAUGGACUGUGAAUUUCAAAAAAAAAGACUGUCAAAUGAACUUUUACAGAAUGCAUUAAAAAAAAACUCCUGUGUCGGUCAGAACAACUUGCUACUUAUCAUUUUUGUAUAAAAAGGAAAUUAGUCUUUUUCUUUUUUUGGUAAAUUUUUGAAAAAUAUUGCUAAAAGUGCAUUUAAGGAGAUUGGGAGAAAAUUAGCAGAAUGGAGAAAGUAAGUCUUUUUUUUUUUUUUCCAAAUUAUUAAUUGUCCUGUGUCUAUGUACCUCUAGCUGUUCUUUUUUGUACUUUUCUGGUUCCAAACCAGUUUAUUCUGUGGUUCUAUAAUAAGUUUUGAUAUAAUCUUGGCUUCUUAAAAACUGUGUAUCCUUAAAAUAUAUGUUCUGCAAGAAUUAAAACUGAGUCCAUGAAAAUACCAUAGGAAGAGAUAAAACUUUAAAAGGCAACUCAAAGAUGAUGGAAACGCACUUAGAAGUGGUGACCAAAAAUUUUAGGUGAAGUUGAGCACUCUAAUUUGAGAACUGGAGGAACCACAUACAACACUUAACUUCCCCUAUCCUGGCCUCCCCCCCCCCAAAAAAAACCCCACCAUGACAAACCUAGCUUUUUAAAAAUAUUUUAAGAAAGAGAAUGAACUGUGGAAUUUAUUGGCAGCCAAGGAAUGUGUCCAAGACACAUGCUGAGGUUUUGAAUAAAAAGUGAACUUUUGUAA